CCAUAUCUCCCCAUAUCUCCCGCACGGCUCGCUCGAGGUUCCACAUCGCCCCAUCUCUCCCCAUCUCUCCCCAUAUCUCCCCAUAUCUCCCGCACGGCUCGCUCGAGGUUCCACAUCGCCCCAUCUCUCCCCAUCUCUCCCCAUAUCUCCCCAUAUCUCCCGCACGGCUCGCUCGAGGUUCCACAUCGCCCCAUCUCUCCCCAUCUCUCCCCAUAUCUCCCCAUAUCUCCCGCACGGCUCGCUCGAGGUUCCACAUCGCCCCAUCUCUCCCCAUCUCUCCCCAUAUCUCCCCAUAUCUCCCGCACGGCUCGCUCGAGGUUCCACAUCGCCCCAUCUCUCCCCAUCUCUCCCCAUAUCUCCCCAUAUCUCCCGCACGGCUCGCUCGAGGUUCCACAUCGCCCCAUCUCUCCCCAUCUCUCCCCAUAUCUCCCCAUAUCUCCCGCACGGCUCGCUCGAGGUUCCACAUCGCCCCAUCUCUCCCCAUCUCUCCCCAUAUCUCCCCAUAUCUCCCGCACGGCUCGCUCGAGGUUCCACAUCGCCCCAUCUCUCCCCAUAUCUCCCCAUAUCUCCCGCACGGCUCGCUCGAGGUUCCACAUCGCCCCAUCUCUCCCCAUCUCUCCCCAUCUCUCCCCAUAUCUCCCGCACGGCUCGCUCGAGGUUCCACAUCGCCCCAUCUCUCCCCAUCUCUCCCCAUAUCUCCCCAUAUCUCCCGCACGGCUCGCUCGAGGUUCCACAACGCCCCAUCUCUCCCCAUCUCUCCCCAUAUCUCCCCAUAUCUCCCGCACGGCUCGCUCGAGGUUCCACAUCGCCCCAUCUCUCCCCAUCUCUCCCCAUCUCUCCCCAUAUCUCCCGCACGGCUCGCUCGAGGUUCCACAUCGCCCCAUCUCUCCCCAUAUCUCCCCAUAUCUCCCCAUAUCUCCCGCACGGCUCGCUCGAGGUUCCACAUCGCCCCAUCUCUCCCCAUCUCUCCCCAUCUCUCCCCAUAUCUCCCGCACGGCUCGCUCGAGGUUCCACAUCGCCCCAUCUCUCCCCAUCUCUCCCCAUAUCUCCCCAUAUCUC